CCUGAACACUAGGUGCAAAAUCAAAUUUUGGAUAAGCGAUCAACACACUGUUUAAACCUCGUAUUUGAGUAUAAAACUAAUUAAUUUUCUGCAAUUUUGUUGAUCACUUUGGAUACUACACUGAUGGGCGUAUUGUGGUCAUGUAAAAUGGCUGUUACUACAGGAUGUCAGUAAAACAUGAAUGAAAAUGUGAUCUUUAUGAAUUUCUGAUUUAUUUACCCAGAGGACUUGCACCUGUUUUCAUCAUCAUGGAGUGGGUAGAGAUAAUCGAGCCUCGCACCAAGGAGCAUAUGUAUGCAAACCUUACUACUGGAGAAUGUGUUUGGGAUCCACCUCCUGGUGUGCCUGUAAAAAAGACAGACAACAACCAGUGGUGGGAAUUGUUUGAUCAGAAUACAUCCAGGUUCUAUUAUUACAAUGCAACUUCCCAGAAAACAGUCUGGCAUCGACCUCAAAACUGUGACAUUAUACCCCUUGCAAAGCUGCAGACCCUAAAACAGAAUACAGAGCCAGUUGUUGACGACUCAGUGUCAUUGACUGACAAGGAAACAACUGGGACACAAACACCUGGUCAUACUCGACGAGAUGACAAAGGAUCUGGCAUGGAGCCCAAACGAAAUGAAGCCAUUCGUCUCAGUACACGCAGUAUGCAGUCUGUCAAAAAUUCAGUCAAUAGUGAAACUCAGACCUCGCCUCUGGCAUCUCCACACAUGAACAGGAGACCUCACCAUCAUCAUCAUUACCAUCACAAACAUCAUGCACAUCAUUCUCAAUCAUCUCAUGUUGAUAAAGAAAAACAUGAAAAAUCGAGUAAAGAAAGAUCUGCUGAGAGAGAUUUGAUAUCUGAUAGCCGUAAUCCAAUUGCUGAUUGGGAGAGGGACAGAGGAAUGGAUCGAGACAAAGACAGAGAAAGGCGAAUUGAAAAAGAGAGGAGAACUGAAAAAGAUAGAAGGGAGAAGAUGCAAGAAAGGGAAAGAGGGCACGAAUGGGACCACCGUAGUGAAAAGGAGAGAAGAUCUGAAAGAGAUCGUCCAUCUGAUAGGAAUGAACGAGAGAAUAGAGAGAGAGAGCGCUCUACAGCCACAGGCACAGGCUCCACUUCAAGCCACCAUCCGUGGCCAAGUAGAACAGCCCAAUCACAGGAUUCUGGAAGAUCGAGCGACUCAAGCUCAGUCUCCCAUAGUAGGACAUCACUAGAAUCAAGUGGUUAUCGCAUGAACGAGUCACCCCUUCAUCAAACCAAUAGAAGUGAUCGUUCAGAAAGAACUCAACGGUCGGAAGUUGGAGAUAGAAGGGACCAUGCCGAGAGAAAUGAAUGGACUGAGAAAUCUGAACGCUCUGAUCGCCCUGAGAAAGAAAGACCCGACCGACUUGGGCUGCGACCAAUUGCUGCCUCCACUAGCACUCCUUUAUUCAAAAAGAAACCUCUAGGAGAGGUGAAUUCGCAGCAGCAGUACCAGAAAGGAAGUCUUGACAAGUAUGGGCUUCUUCCAAGUGGGUCUUCAGGAAGAGAUCCGCCUCAAACACAGAAUUUACCUAAGCAACGCAGUUUUGAUGUUGAAUGCAUUACUGCAGCUGGAGGAGCUUUUAGCUAUGAUGGACGACACAAAGUUCCUACCCCUAGCCAGUUGGCGAGGAGUUACAGCUUCAUGCAAAAGAGAGAGAGAGAAAGAGAAAGGGAUGGUGAUAGAGAUGAAGAUGACUCUAUGCACGAGAAAUAUUUCAUGAAUCCAGUGGCGAUUCGUUCUGUAGAGUCCACCCCUCAAACUAGGAGGAAAUACCAUCACAGUACCGCCGAGCAUCCAGCACUCCCUACUCCUAACAUGUCCCGUAAAUCCUUUGUGACACGCCCUCAUCAUUCACAACUUCCGCAUUCCUCUCACAGUUCGUCUUCCCACUCCCGAACCCGACGCAGUCCAGCUACUGGUGCCAGCUUUCGUAGUAAAAACACUGGAGAAAUUUCUAGCAGUGAUGAUGAAUCAAGUGCAUCACUGUCACUCUCUGCUUCCCCUCCUGCUAUAUCUCCAUUGUCUCCUCGUGCAAGCAUCAGGACUCCAUCACAUGGUAAAGCAACAUAUCCUCCUGAAAGAGAACCUCAAAGUGCUCGAGAAAUGAGGAAAGCUUUUGAAGAUCUGAAGAAGACCAAAGACCACCAGGUUGCCAAGGAGAAACAACUUAGUAGUAGAGAACCGAAAGACCAAAGGGAUAUGAAGAAAUCAAAGGAUGCUUCAAUCUCCAUACACAAGCAGGAUGCAAAAUAUUCAGUUAGUGAGAGAGAUUUAUCUGGAAGUAAAUCAAGAAAUCUUGGCGGAAAAGCCCCACAAGAGAUCGAAGGGAAGGCCAUGAAGGAUGUGUGGGAAUUGAGAGUUCCUCAUAAAGAUGUUGCUGUUAGCAUAGCCCCUGAGUAUAAGGAUCCAUAUGAUAGUAGAGAACGUAGGCCAAGAAAUAAUACUGAAAGAGAUAUACGCUCUUGGGAGCCCAAGGAUGCAAGAGAUUCAAAAGAAUCCCGGGAAUCCCAUAAAACAGCAAAAAGUACCAAAGACUCAAGAGAUUCCAGCUUUUCAAGAGACAUUCGAGAUGUGAAGACUACAACCCAAGGAAGAGAUGUAAGAGAACCCCAAAACAAACUUGAUAUACAUCAGUAUUGGGAAUCUGAAAGAAAUACCCAUGAAAACCGAGGAAGCAGAGACACUCAGCUGAAGCCGAAAUCAUGGGAUCGCAGUGGAACCAAAACCAUUGCUGAAUCCAGAGAAUCUAAAAAUAGUGCUACAAGUACCAAGGAACCCAAGACAAGUGUUGCUGCUACCCGAGAAUCCAGAGCUGUAGUUGCCGCCUCAGACAGAUCUUCUAGCACGAACAAUGGUAAUAAUAAAUAUAUGUCUGAAUCUGAUGCUGACAAUAACUCACCCCUCUAUUCCAAUGUUGACUACCCGUCAUAUAUUAUGGAUUCAGAGAAGCAUUCUCAUCUGCUGCCAUUACAGCAGUACAUUUUAGAACAAGCCAAACUCUCAGGCUGUUAUCGAUUUGGAGAUCCAUUAAAUGAAGAAGUUGAUUCUCUCCACUCUGAUGAUGAGGAUCGACUUUCAAGGUCUCGACCCGAAGAUGAUAGCGAUGAAUUUGCUGAUGAUGAGGGAAUGAGCAACCAGGGUGACUCCAGUUCGCAGGAAUAUUUGGAUGAUAGCAACUACUUGGAAGAGGAAGAGGAUGAUGACGAUGAUGAUGAUGACGAGGACAAUAGUUAUGUUUCUCAUAGGAAGUACUUGCCUUCUGAUCCACAAAUGCCCGACUAUGUUGAUGGUCAUGAAGCAAGGAUGGCCUCUGGCAGUUCAGGCCUUUACUAUAAUACUGGUAUGACUGCUCAUGGAAGCCUGCAAUCUAAUCAGAGACCAGGUGCUCUUAAUUUACCACAAAGUGCUCCCCAAGAAACUGUCCAUGCAUCAUUGAAACGAAAGAAGGAUGCACCUCUUCCACCUCCACCUGCCUUGUACUCCCCAAUUAUGGAACGUCAUGAGUUUGCCGUUGGUCCUCUUUCCCCUCAGUCUGAUCCUGGUUGCCCCUCGUCCCCAAGGCCCUUUCUAUUUCACACUCCAACUGUUUGUUGCUAUCAUCGUCCAAUAUCACUACCGAUCUCUCCAGCUCCCUCUGUACCCCGGUCCCCUGCCCUGCCAUGCCCUGCCCACUCCUUUGUUUUUCCCAAGGCGUACCUUCCAGUGAUUGGCGGGCCCGUGUCAGUCCAAAUGUGUCAGGUGUCUCGCUCUGCACUCAAUCGAGAAAAGAAACAAGCAUCUGAUAGUGACAUUGAAAAGUAUGCUCAAGACAAUCUUAACAUUCACAAAAAGGGUAUCUUUCGAAAGAAAUUUUCUGUCAGAGAUAUGCUCUCAUGGUCAAAGGAUCCUAUCAGGAAAACUAUGCUUGUGCUUUCUGAUAAAGCUUUGAAGAAAGAUGCUUGUGAAUUGUUCAAGUUGAUUCAAAUAUAUAUGAGUGACCGAAAAGCUAAGGUUGGAAUGACACUAAAUAGUGUAGCUCUGGACAUUUGCAAUAUAGGAUAUGGCAAACCUGCCCUAAGAGAUGAACUGUACAUACAAAUAUGUCGUCAAACAACUGAAAAUCCGAGGAGAGAAAGCUUGCGUAGAGGCUGGGAGUUAAUGGCUAUAUGUUUGGCAUUCUUCCCACCAUCACCCAAGUUCCAAUCAUACCUUGAUGGUUAUAUGAAUCGUCACCGUGAUCCUAGUUUCGAUUUCCCUGAAGUUGGAAAAUGGCCUAUUCAUGUACAAAUCAGUCACUAUGCAACUGUUGCCUGUAAGCGACUUGAUCGUAUUGGUGUUAGUGGGAAAAGAAGUCCAAGAAAACCUUCUGUAGAGGAAAUUGAUCAAGCAAGGAUUCAAAUAUUUCGUCCAAGUAUGUUUGGUAACACACUUCAGGAAGUUAUGCAAGUUCAAAGGGAACGGUUUCCACACCGCAAACUUCCUUGGGUGCAAACUGCUUUAUCUGAAGAAGUGCUAAGGCUUGAUGGAGCUCGAACGGAAGGGAUUUUCAGAGUUUCUGCUGAUGUUGAUGAAGUGACAGCCCUUAAGUCUCGUUUAGACCAUUGGGAACUGCCUCAGGAUGCUUCCACUGAUGCGCAUGCUCCUGCAUCUCUCCUGAAGUUGUGGUACAGGGAGCUGUACGAACCACUUAUACCAGAUGCUCUUUAUAAUGAAUGUGUUAAUUUCCAUGACCAACCUGAAAAAGCAAUAGCAAUUGUGCAGCGUCUCCCAGAACUAAACCGUCUUGUUUUGUCCUAUCUCAUUCGUUUCCUUCAGAUAUAUGCAAGACCAGAAGUGGUUCAGGUUACAAAGAUGGAUGCCAGUAAUCUUGCCAUGGUCAUGGCACCUAACUGUUUGCGCUGCACUUCAGAAGAUCCUAGGGUAAUUUUUGAUAAUGCCCGUAAAGAAAUGGCAUUUUUACGCACCCUUAUUCAAAGUUUGGAUACUAGCUACAUGGAAGGAGUAUUGUAGAUGGUUGUGAAUACCACUGCUGAAAAAGACUGACAAGAUCCGCACAAAAGCCAUCACGGAAGUUUUGUCUAAUGUUGAUCAGCUCAACAAAUCUGUUCUAUUUUCUUUGCAUUUACAGGAUUACAAGUUUUCAAAAUAGUAUAUAUUAUUCAUUGUGUUACCUUUUUCGUGACUUGGAUUAUUAUAUGCAGUAUGUACGAUAAUUGAAGUAAUGUCUACUUGCCUUUUGCCAUCUUUAUUUACUCUUAACGCAAUACUAUUGUACUCUACUUAAUUUUAAUAUUCAGCUUGUUUUAUUCCUUUUACUUAUUUAUUACUGUACCCUACAUCUUUACUCAGGCUUUUAAAUGAUCAUCAGAAAGGUUCUUGCUCUUGGUUUGUGAUCUUGAAAGUGGCUGCAUGUACCACAAAACAAUUAUUUAGUCAUAUAACCUUUGUCAUAUUUACCAAUUCUCUUCCUGUUUUAUGAGCAAUGCUAUCAAAAUACAAUUUUAUAGAUGAGAUACAACCUUGCUUGAUUAUCUUUCGUAGUACAUUUGUCAUGUCACGUUGGAUCUUUUCUCUUCAAGUAAAUGCAGUAUUUGUAGGUUUUUCUGGUUUCAAAUCUGCUAGGUCUGAUUUUGGGGCAUGAUAUCAUGAUCUCUGGAUUUAGGUAGCUAUUUCCAUUUCCCUUUGUAUUUCCAGGAUUUUAUUAUAUGAACUAGGAAGUUGUGCUGAUUCAUUAGACUGACAUUAAUUUAUUUUAGAUCCUACGGUAUCUGCAUCUACUCUUGCCAAAGCAAAAUCAAAGUCUUUUCAUUUUGAGGAACCAGGUUAAAAAUUUAAUGUAUUGUCAAAAUCUUUUUUCUUAAUUAAGGCUGUUGCGAGUUUGGGGUGCUAGUUCAUAAUUUAUUUGUCUUAUGGAAACAUGAAACGCAACAGAUUUUAACGAAGUCCUCACCUUAGCCAAUUCAUUUUAACAUACAAACAUGUGAUCUGAAAACACUCCAAUUUGUUUGUGUUUACUGAAAAUAUUGUUUUGCCCGUAUUUUCCCGCUUCACAAGUGAAGCUCUUAAUGCAGGCAGUUAGGCACUUUGCUAGGAGUUUGUAUUCUUAUUUUCCUUAAAGUUUGUAGAUAUGGACUUGGUUUCAUAAUUUGCUUUGUCAACUAACUCAAUAUUACGUUCUUUUAUUUGUGUUUGUGUAUCAAGACCAUAAUAUAGAUUAAUAGAAUUCGCUUAAUCUAAGGUAGAUGAUGUACUGAAAGACAUCUACUUAACACAUACUAACUUUAUUUUCUUUGUUAAACUUUUUUUUGUCAUUAACUUGGUAAGUUGACAAAGACUCUCAGUGCCAGUGGAGGUCUCUUCAUUUUUAAGUAUUAACCCAUAUUUUAUUGAGGUUACGACCAAACUGACAAUCUUGAAGAUUGUGUAGAUUUUCAAAACUACCGUACUGUUGAAUCUCAUUCAUGGCACGUUGCUUGAAGUAUUUAUCCUAUAUUUUAGUUGUUACUUACAAGUUGUAGCAUUACGUCUCUUCUUGUCUCUUAUUUGAUAUUUAGUCUGCUGAGAAUAUGCUUGUGUAUUUUAACUCUGUGCUGCAUUUUAUUAUUGUAACUCUUAGCUUCAGCACUGAGGCCAUUGAAAAACACAGCAUUUCAAAUUCCAAGUACAUACGUAUUAAAACAUUUAAAAAUUGAGAGUUUUGUUUUGUAUUUGUGUUGUGGAUAUGUGGGUUCAUAUAUUUUGGACAAAAUGCAGGACAUCAUAGUUUGACAGACUUAGGGUACUGCUACCUUGUUACAGUUUAUGUAUAUAAUCUCAAGCCUGUUUUUUCAUGAUUGUGGCAACAGUGAGGUUUAAAACCAAAGAUAUUUUCUUGUUUUUUUUUUUUUAAUGAUUUUUCUUGAUCAAUGCAGGGUCAAGGUACAAAUUUCUACCCCCCUCUGUAGGCUAAGAAACUUUAUUUGCAGAAGAUGAGGCUUAUUGACUUCCAUGCCAGAACUAUAUUAAAAUGCAAAAGGAGGGAAACUUUGUGUUCCUGUCUAUAUUUUUUUCAAUAUUUUCUGAAUCUGUAGGUAUGGACAGUUCCUAACAUUUUUUUUUUCUUUUGCACACUUAUUUUUAAUUUCCCACUAGUAUUUAGCGGUAUUUUCUCAACUGAAGUGUUGUGCGUGAGCCUUCCAUGGCACAAAAUUCACUUGAUGCUUGACUUUGCUUGCUGAUAGCGGAUGAAAAAAAAAGGGGGUCAUGAUGUUUGUUGAAGAGACUGUUCUGCUCUCGAGCCUCUUAUCUUCAUUCUUACAUGUCAAAAUUAAUGUUGGCCUAAAGUUUUGGAUCACAUUGUAGAGAGGUUCUCUCCAUCGUGGUGUGGAUGCAAGGCAGCUAAAUUCCAAAGCAGCUUGAAGUUCUUGGUGAGCAAUAACAGUAUAAUCAGUUAUAUUUUGUACACUUCGAUACUUAGAUGUAGGUAUUGUGCAUACCCUAAUUUGAUUGGUAUGCCACAUUAUGUAUAUCUGUUUUCUUUUAGACUUUAUUUUAAUAACUGUACAGUUAUUUUUAUUGUUACUAAUCAGCUGAAAGUAUGCUAAUCCCAAUGUGUUCUUUGAGCUAGUUGUGUUGUUAGGGAGGUAAGCUCUCAUGAUAAAGGUAGUCAUAAUAUAUAAGAUGCUAUAGAUAGUUAGGUACAAGCUCUUGUACUCACUCUCAGAUCUUGUCCUAUUUAUGGAGUGUUAUUUUAGACUGUAGGUUGAGGCAUAUUUUAAUUCCUUUCCUACUAUGUGCUAAACUUAACAUGCUGGUGCCUCCAUAACAGAAGAAUAUUUUGAAUGCACCAAGAUCUAUCAACAUUAGUUAAAACGCUCAAAACGCUUAUGCAAGUGGUUAUUUUAGAAUUCUCAAGGUUUCUUCAAAAAUAAAAGAAACUAAAUAAUAGAAAAUUUUGCUUAUUUUGUAAAGAAGUUUAUGCAAUGGAAAAGCUCAUAUCAAAGCUUUUGGGUUUGUUUACUUUUGAAGAUGGUCAAAAGCCUGUUCUUAUUUUAAACUGAGACUAAGAAGGUCUUGAAUUUGUAGUGUCUACCUACAUGCCAAUUUUCAUUGACUGUUGUAUUGGUAAGGCUUGCUGCUUGGUGAUGUGCAGAGAUGUGUGUUCGUCUUUUAGGUUUAUAGGAAUCAUUUUCUGCAUCUACUGUCUUAUACAAUUGAAGUGAUCCGAUACUUGUGAAUUAGACGACAAUAUAUACUACAUGAGCAAAUGUAUUUUGUACAAGGCUUGUUUUGUUAGGUCGGUUUGUCCAUCAUCAAAAGGUUUACUCUAGGAAUAUUUUGUUCAUCUUUAGUGCUCUUAAUUGCAAUGUUAUUCUGUUAAUUGUCAAUAUAAAAGUUGCAUGAGUGGCUCUUCAUCAGGAGGACAAUGUAGAUUCAUCAGGGUAAUGAUUGUCAAGUUUCAUGUUAAGUAAUUCUCAAUAUGUUGGCUUAGUUAUAUUUGUUGAGUAAAUUUUAUCAGAGAUUAACUACCCAACCGCAUACUAAAGAGACCAUAGAAGUCACCUUUAACAAAAUAGAACUAAAACUAGUUUGUUCUGUUUCUAUUAUUAAAGUUAGUCGCCCAGUUAAAUCAAAUUACAGUAUGACAAAUAGGCAAAACAAAUAGUAAAUCUCUACUGACGUAUGUGGAUGCAUCUAAUAAAUUGAAAACACUAACCUUAAUUUUAGCCCCUCACUUUUGACUGUUUUCUCAAUCAUUUUCAGGAAAAUGCAUGGAGGCAUAUUAUUUGCCCUCUAGUCCUAGUCUAGUCAUAAUAACAGUUGGAGUCCAAUCAUUGUUUCUCCUUCUUACCCUGUCUGUAUUCUACAUUGUACUUCAGCUUCAUUAGUCACCACUGUUUAAAUUUCAUCUUCAGGAUGUUAAUUUAAUCUUACUUUAAUUUUGUUUUCUUUUUAAUUUGUAAAAGUUACCACCAUCAUUGCCUACUGUUACGAACCAUGGCAGCCAUUUUCCAUAUUUCUGUAUGUUUUCAUUGGAAGUAUAAUAAUAUAAAUCCCGUGAUAGCA